AACUUCUCAUUUAGGACAUAUUCUGAUAUUCUUUGUUUCGGGUUCUUCAUUUUUGGCUCCUUUUUACCAAGUAAAGCUUGAAAGAUGGUUACUGCUGAUACUGCAAGAACUAUUGUAGGGAUCAUUGGAAAUGUUAUCUCAUUCUUCCUGUUUGCAUCACCACUACCAACAUUUGUGAAGAUAUACAAGAAGAAGGCAGUGGAGGAAUUCAAGCCAGAUCCUUACAUAGCAACUGCAAUGAAUUGCAUGUUGUGGAUAUUCUAUGGCUUACCAAUGGUUCAUCCCGAUAGCGUCCUUGUUGUCACCAUUAAUAGCAUUGGACUUGCAAUGGAGCUCAUUUAUCUCUCCAUUUUCUUCCUUUAUGCCCCCAAUAAAGGCCGAGCCAAGGUUAUUGGAUGGCUUGCCCUAGAGAUUUUAUUUUUGGGUGUUGUAGCCGCAUGCACGUUGACAUUGCGCAAAACCCAUGCCCAAAGAUCGGACCUUGUUGGAAUUCUUUGUGCCAUAUUUGGAGUAUUAAUGUAUGCUUCACCUCUUACCAUUAUGAGGAAGGUGAUUAAAACAAAGAGUGUAAAAUACAUGCCAUUUUACCUCUCAUUAGCCAACUUUCUUAAUGGAGUUAUUUGGGUCACAUAUGCCCUCAUUCGCUUUGAUCUCUAUAUAUUGAUUGGAAAUGGAUUGGGGGCACUCUCUGGAGCAAUACAGUUGAUUCUGUAUGCUUGCUACUUCAAGUCUGCCCUGAAAGACGAUGAUGAAAACGACGUCGUCAAGCCAUCUGAGCUGCAACUCUCCGGCAGCAAUGGACCGGCUAGACCAACAGUUUGAUCGUUUAUAUAUAUAUGUCAAAAGGCAAAAAAGCAAAAAAGACUUUUAAAUAUUUUCCAAGUAAAUUAAUACAAAUAUGCAUGUAAAGAUUUUCAUAGUGUUGUUAGAAUAUUUUUCUUUUUUAAAAAAAAAAAGAAAUAAAAAAGAUAAUCGAAUUUAAAAAAAAAAGCUUAGGUACCAUAUUAGAAAAAUAAGAAACUCUCCAAAUGGCUCGUGAAACUCUCCAAAUAACAGUUUUUGUGAAUAAUAUUCGGGCAAGCAUGCACUGGAAAGGAUUAUGGACGUUAUUCAACUUCUAUGGAGUCGUAAAAGAUGCUUUUAUUUUGAAUAAGAAAAGCAAAGUUGGAUCAAGGUUUGGAUUUGUGAGAUUUUCGUGUGUAACGGAUGCUCAACGGGCAAUAGAAAGACUUAAUGGUUUCGUCAUUCUAGGGUACAGAAUUGGGGUGAAAAUGGCUAGCUUCAAAGGAAGGAAGAUAUGGAGAAAAAAGAAUACUCAUGCAAUUUCAAUCAGUAAUAAGGAGACUUAUUGAAAAGGAAAUGAGAAAAGUGUAAGCGAGAAAGGAGAAACUUUUGGGAAUUCAAAGGAUGAUCAGUUAAAAAAUAGGAAUUGUUUUGGAAUGGAGGGGAACUAAGUGAGAGUAGUUGAAGGUUUUGUGGAAGUAGAACUUCUAGGGAAACUUCAACGAUGUUUGGUGGGGGAAUCAGCGACCGUUAGCGACACAAGAAGUAUGGCUGAAAGAUUGUCUAAGUUUGGACUCGAGGAGAUAUCUGUUAAGAGAAUUCAAGGAAGAUUUUUUCUUAUAGAAGUUCCGGAUAAUGAGUUUAUGGAAGUUUUGAAACAAAAAGAUUGGGCUUAUCUGAAGGAAUGUUUUAUAAAAAUCGAACCAUGGUUGGAAAAGAGAUUUCUGUCUAAGAGGGUAGCAUGGAUCGACGUUGCAGGUAUCCCAUUACAUUGUUGGAAUUACGAGACUUCUAAAAGAGUGGCAGAUUUCUGGGGGAAGUUGAUAUCAAUGGGAGAAAGCUGGAAUAAUUCUAGCAGUUAUGAGCGGAUGGGGAUGUUGAUUUCGAUCAAUCAGCCUUAUUAGAUUGAUGAACUGAUAAUUAUAGAGGUUGGUGAUUGACAGUUUCCGAUCAGAAUUAAAGAAAAAGGUCUGUUAGAAUAGAAAAAUGAAAUUCUUUUGAAAGUAAGGGGCCAGCCGGAGGAGGAGGAAGGACAAACACCGGAAGUUGAGUCGGGGACCAGAACAGAAUCAGAACAAUUUUCGAAGGUUAGACGAAAUGAUGUGGGGGUGCUUUAACAAUCAAUCUUGAAGAAUGUGAAAUAGAAAAAGAUAGCAUGGGGUUGUCUAUUGAAGGAAUAUUGUCAGAAGAAAAUUUAAUUGGGAAUAAAGAAUUAAUAUCAGUUGGGGAUGUGGAUAAUGAUAAAGAAUUGGUUAGGGCUAAGGAGGAUAUGUUAAACAUGGGUCUGCUUAUCCAAGUGGACCCAAAAAAGAGGCUUGGCCAACAAAAGAGUGUGGAUCUGAGAGUGGGUUUUACAGGUGAAGAUAGGCAGUUCCUAAGGAGUGAUAAUAGCCCAAAUGCUAUUGAAGGAGGUGAUAAUUGUUUUGAAUGCAGGAGCUUCGAAGAAGCGGAAGAAAAAUUAGAAAUAGAAGAGGAACUUUUUCAAAUUAACCAAAAUAGAAGGAAGAAAGAGUCGUUGAAUAAAAGGAUUCGUUUUAUGCACAAAAUUUAGGUCGGUGUCCUGUUGACAAAAGAAAAACAGAAAAGGGAUAGAAAUGAGAAGUUAGAGAAGGGUAAAGCGAUAACAAGGUUUGAAGAAACAAUAGCAAAUAUCUCGCUAUCUGAUUCAGACAUUAGCAAUUGUAGAAGGGUCACUUUAAGGGAGGCAAAGAGAACUUGGGAAGUAGGGAAGAAGUUGGGUUUCAGUAUGAGGGGGGAUGUGGAAGAAGAAAUUGAUGAAAUUAGAAGAUUAAAAGGGCAGUAGAGAGAGGAAAAUGGAGGAAAUAGUCGCGUCAAAGACUUAAAUUUUGGUGAGUUUUUCUAAGUUUGGAAUUCUUGUUUAAGUAUUUGUAGUGUUUGUUUGAAUUGUUUGGGGUCAUGAGAAUUAUAUCAUGGAAUAUAAUGGGGUUAGGGUCAGAGGUGAAACUGGAAUAUGUCAAAAGAAUAAGUCGUUUGGCAAUAGUGAAUGUUUAUUUUCUCCAGGAAACAAAAUUAGAAUUUGUGACUAUGGAUGUAGUGAGAAAAUUUUAGGGGGAUGAUUUCUGAUUCGCUGCUAUAAUUGAAAGGCUGGGAGAGCUGUUGACAAUUUCGGAUAAAGAUGAAUUCAAGUUAUCCAAAGAAUGGAGUGAUAAAAGAUUGAUUGUAAUUGAAGGAAAAUGGGUAAAUGAGGGAUUAGAAGUGGUGUUGAUAAAUGUUUAUGCCCUUAACAAUAGGUCUGAACAGAGAACUUUAUGGGGGGUGUUAACAUAUUUAAGAAAACAAUUUUCAAGUCCAUGGAUUGUUUGAGGAGAUUUUAAUGUGGUGUGAUGUAGAAGUGAAAGGAGCAAUUGUGUGGGAACAGAGAAGGGGUCUAGAGAGUUUGUUAGUUUUAUCCACAAUUGAAAUCUAAUUGACUUGCCGCUGUUUGGAAAGAAGUUCACAUGAUAUGGCUCGGAUAAUAAAAGGAGCAGACUUGAUAGAUUUUUGUUAGAAGAAUAAAAGGAGCAGACUUGACAGAUUUUUGAUGGAAGAAUUCUGGUUGAUCCAGAUCAAAGAUUUACAUCAGUAGGGGUUAAAGAGAUCUGUUUCUGAUCAUAUACUCAUCUUACUAGCAGAUGAAGAAGUUGAUUGGGGUCUUAGGCCAUUCAAGUUUACCAAUGCGUAGUUUAAGAAAAAAGAAUGUGUGGGGUUGAUUGAGAAGGAAUGGUCUAACAUGUACAGUUUGAAUGGGCAAGUAGUAAGAAAACUUAAGAGUGUCCUUAAGAAAUGAAAUGGGGAUAAUUGUAAUUUUUUGGAUAAUAGAAUAAUAGAGUGUAAAGAAAGGAUUAAGGUGUUAGAUGAAACUAGUAAUCAGAGGAAGCUGAGCGAGAAAGAAUUGGAGGAGCUUAAAAGAUUGAAUUUUGAUGUUUGGGAUGCAAUUAAAUUCAAUGAAUCGAUAUGGCGACAAAAAUCUAGAAUGAUGUGGCUGAAAGAAGGUGAUGCGAAUACAACUUUUUUCCAUAGAGCUGUGAAGAUAAAAGCAAAAAGAAAGAUUGUAUACAGAAUAAAAAUCGGGAGAUUCUGGUGUAAUGAACCAAGGGAGUUAAAGAAGAGAGUGUAUGAUUUCUUUAAAAAUCAUUUCCAAAGUCGCUCGAGAAAUUGGAAGAUGGAGAUGGAGCUCAAUUUUAGGAUACUAAAGGAUAUAGAAGUCGAGAAGCUGGAGGAACCUUUUUCAAGGGAGGAGAUUAGAGGUGCAGUAUGGAGUUGUGAGGAAUCGAAAGCACCUAGUCCGGAUGGUUUUAACAUGUGUUUUUAUCGAAAAUGCUGGAAUAUAGUUAAAGAACAUCUGUUUAGAAUGAUGUUAGAUUUUUAUAGAUCUGAGAAGCUUGAAAGAUCCAUCAAAUGUUCCUUUGUAGCCCUUAUUCCCAAAAUUGAUAACCCGUAUGAAACUGCAGAUUUUAGACCAAUUUGUUUAGUUAGUUCUUUGUAUAAAAUUGUAGCAAAUGUUCUUUCUCGUAGGUUAAGGAGAGGUAAUUAGAGAGCUAGUCAGUGAGACACAGUGCGCUUUUAUCAAAGGUAAGUAGAUUUUUUAUGGUAUUUUAAUUACAAAUGAAGUGAUUCAUUCGAUGAAGAAAAUGGAAGGAAACGAGGGCAAUUUGAUCUUCAAACUGGAUUUCUCCAAUGCAUAUGAUUGUGUUCGUUGGGAUUUUUUGGAAUUAGUUUUACGCAUGAUGGGAUUUGGCGAUCGUUGGAUUCGAUGGUCAAUGGAGUGUGUUUCAAUGGGGUGAUGGGAUUAAUUGAAGGAAUUCAAGAAGUUCUUCCAGGUCAGAUGAUUUCACAUUUACAAUUUGCAGAUGACAUUAUUUUGUUCUUGAAGGUUGAUGAAAAGGUGAUGGAAAAUAUGAAAUUCAUUCUUCGUUGUUUUGAGAUUUUUUCAAGUUUAAGUAUUAACUUCAAAAAAUCAUGUAUUGUGGGGUUUGGUGUGAACGAGAAAUUUUUUAUCGUAUGGCAGUUAUAUGUAAAUGUAAGAUUGGGGUAUUGUCGUUUAGCUAUUUGGGAAUUCCAUCGGGAGCGAAUCUGAGGAGAGUUGCUACAUGGAAUAGUGUGGUUGAGAGAUUUAGAAAAAAUGGUGGGGUUGGAAAUGUAGAAGUAUGUCGUGGGCUAUCAGGGUUGUGUUGAUUAACGCAGUCUUAUCGACUUUGCCUGUUUACUUCAUGUCUUUAUUUCAGGCGCCAGUGAUAGUAAUAAAAAAUAUUGAUAAAAUAAGGAGAAAUUUUUUGUGGAGAUGUUUUAAUGGCAAACGAAAAAUGGCGAAAGUUUGCUGGAAAUAGAUUUGUAGUCCUAAGGAAAAAGGUGGUGCCGGAGUGGUGAAUCUUGCGAUAAAGAACAAAGCUUUGCUAGCAAAAUGGAGAUGGCGUUUAGCGGUUAAAAAAAAGUCGUUGUAGAGUAAAGUUAUAUUAACAAAGUAUGGCACCAGUGUGCAACAUUGGAGAUUUAGAGCGAAUAAGUUUAAAGAAAUGUCGGCAGUUUGGAGAGAGAUUGUUGAGAACUCGUUUGAUGUUAGAGUAGCUAGAUGGAUGAGAAAUAAAAAUUUUAAGUGAAAGAUUGGGAAUGGAAAGUCGAUGAUGUUUUGGGUGGAUAUUUGGUGUGGAAAUGAUCCAUUAAAACUGGAUUUUCCUAGAUAUUUCGAUUAGCAAAACUCUAAAACGAGUCAGUUUUUUAUUAUUCGUACAGUAGUGAUUUUAGCAAUGUUAAAUGGGAUGAUUUUUCUGUUCGACCUUUGUUAGAUCGAGAAUUGGGGAUUCUUAGUCUCCUUAUUGAAAGGGUGAUUAGUGUGGUCUUGGCCGAGGAAGUAGAGGAUCGGUUAUUAUGGGUGCACGAUAGUAAAUGUGAGUUCUCAGUGAAGAAGUUAUCUAAAUUGCUGAUUGAGGGAGAUGGGGAUGACUCCAUUUUUGCUUUUGAUAAAAUUUGGAAAUUAAAAGUUCCUCCAAGGGUGCGUAACUUCAUUUGGAUGUUAGCUAUUGACAGAGUUCCCACGAAGGAUUUCUUAGUGAAGAAAGGGGUGUAUCUGCAAUCCAUAUUGAAUGUUUGCCCUUAGUGUGAAUGAGAAAGGGAGAGUGCGGACCAUUUGUUCUUUAAAUGUAAUUUUGUUUUUGUUUUUGGAGGAGGUUUUUUAAUUGGUGGAUGUUGGCUGGUAAGUGGUUAGUAGUUUUGAAGAAUUUUACUCUUUAUGCUUUAAUGUGAAGCUUCAUGGUUCUUGCAAAAGUUUGUGGUUGAUUGCAAUUGAGGCAUCUUGUUGGUCUAUUUGGCUUGCUAGGAAUGAGAUGUGUUUGAAAGAAAGGUGUUGUCGAUGGAUACGCAAAUUUUUCAUUCCAAGAUGAGAGCAUUAUUGUGGGUAAGAACUGCUUUCGAUGAGUAUAUGGUUGAAGAGAGAUUAUGGUGAUUUUGUCCGUACAAGAGCAGGUUUUCUAAAUCUAUUCCAAGGGGUUGGAGUUAUCCUCCUUGUAGGUGGCUGAAAUUUAAAGUAAGCGGUAAAACUUCUGAGGUUGCUUUGGGCGAUGGAGGUGUGCUAAGAGAUAAGGAAGGAAUUGUAAGAGCUUUAUUCUCGAGGCCAAGUGAUGCUUGUGCUACAGAUUCAGCUGAAUUUAGGAGCAAUAAUUAUUGCGUUGGAUGUAAUCAUUGAGAUUGGGUGUAGGGGAACUGGUUCGUUUAUUGUCGAAAUGGGUUCUUUGGUGGUGUAUAAUUGGUUAUUAGAUAAAGUUAGGAGACCUUGGUCACAUCAAGCUACAUUUGCUGAUUUGGAAAGGAGUCUUGCUUGUGUGGGUAAGGUAACUUUUUCAUUUGCAGAGCCGAAUGGUAACGAAAUGGCAGAUACUUUAGCAGUUGCUAGAAUAAAAAGGCCUGGUAUGUUUAAAGCAUGGUGGUGAAUUUUGGAAUUUUACUAUGAUGUUAGUAUAAGCAUGUUGGUAUGCUGUUAUGGGGUCUAACGGAGUUUUUUGUGCUAGUUUUUAUUUUUGGUGCUUUGAAGGUUUUUUAACAGUAGGGGAUUUUGGGAAUUUUGUGGGUGUCUUUUGUGGUUAUUUGUUUGAGCGUAAUUUUUUAUCAUGGGUAUGGGUCUAUUUUGUUGAGGGUAUGCUUGCAUUUUUCGUUGCUGCAAAUGCGGUAUUGUUAUACCUUGAUUGAGCAAAAAAAAAAAAGAAAUAGAAAAGAUAAAAAUUUCGUCCAAGUUAUUUGGUGGCAAGCUGAACAUACGGCAGUAAAAGAUAUAUGCUUAUAUUCAAAAUUAGUCUCUGAAAUAUGCCUCUUUCCUACUUGUCCUAGUAAUGGUUCAAAACAAUAGGCUCCAUUUGAAGACAUUGAGCCAAUAUUGCCUCCUGCAUUAAGAAGAAGAAGAAGACCACCAGGGAGGCCUAAUAAAAAUAGGAAGAAGGAAGCUAAUGAAUUUACUACUGGUCAAGUCAACAAAAAAAGAUAGGAAAAAAUGUUACAACAAGAGAAUCUAUAAGGGGGAGGUCACAAGACCACAUUUGCUGCGAUAGGUCCUCAAUCUUCAAGGUCUUUCCAAGGUAGAAGCGGCCUAUAAGGAGGAAGCAUAUGUUGGGAAAAUUCCAUUUAUAAAGAGAUUUUUUUUAUAUUAUUUUUUUUUAAAUUGAGUAACUGUAAUAUUUAUAGCAAUAAAUUUAUUUAUCAAA